AGACCGGAGAAUGGCCCAUCUGGAGUGUGCCGAUUCGCAAAACAGAUUUUUAUCUUUAGCACCGUGGAAUUGACCUAUCACAAUCGAAAAGAUUCGACGCUUAUUUAAAAUGUACUUGAUAUCAAUGAUUUUGGCUAGUCUGGCCAUACCGUUUGUUCUUACAAAAAUAUGUCCUUAUUUUUGGAAAGACGUCCUUUAUGUUAAAGAUUUGUUACGGAUACUGGUCAAGUUUGUUUCACGUCGCAGAAGAAAACCUUUAUUUUUGGUUCUGGAUCGUUUUUUAGAACAAACAGCAUCACAUCCAGAUAGACCUUUCAUUGUGUUCGAAAAUAAAACAUUUUCGUACCGGGACACAGACAAAAAGAGCAACAAAGUUGCUAACGCGUUAAAGGCUCAUUCCCAACUUAAACCGGGGGAUACAGUUGCACUGUUUAUGGGGAACGAACCCGCGUUCAUAUUUACCUAUCUCGCCCUAGCCAAGCUUGCGUGUCCAGUGGCACUUCUAAAUCCUAAUAUUCGUUCUAGAUCUCUGCUUCACUGUUUCAGCUGCUGCAGUUCAAAGGUGUUGAUUGCAGCCGCAGAACUGAAGGAAGCUGUGCAAGACAUACUUCCCUCCCUGAGAGAGCAGGCCGUGUGUGUAUACCUGAUGGUAAAGGAGUGUGACCUGGCUGGAGUCCAGAGCUUCUCUGACAAGGUGGACGAGGCCUCAGACUCUGCCCUUCCUCAGUCACUCAGAUCAGACAUCACCUUUAAAAGCCCCGCAGUCUACAUCUAUACUUCUGGGACCACAGGUCUCCCUAAAGCUGCGGUGGUGAACCAGACCCGCCUCUUGGCAGCUCUAGCAGUCCUGGCAGCCAAUGGCGUCACCUCAAAUGAUGUCAUCUACCUCAACCUGCCCCUCUACCACACAGCCGGAUUUGUCAUCGGCUUCAUCGGCUCCAUCGAGACAGGCUCUACUAUCGUACUACGGAGGAAGUUCUCUGCCUCUCAGUUUUGGGAGGAAUGCAGGAAAUACAAUGUAACGGUCGUCCAGUACAUAGGAGAAGUGUUGCGUUACCUCUGCAACACACCUAGGAGAAACAACGACAAAGACCACAGGGUUCGACUGGCCAUCGGCAACGGCGUGAGGACAGACGUAUGGAGAGAGUUUCUGGAUCGAUUCGGGAACAUUGAGGUGCGAGAGUUCUACGCCUCCACAGAAGGAAAUGUCGGCUUUGUGAACUACGUGGGAAAAAUCGGGGCCGUCGGACGAGUGAACUUCAUUCACAGGAAGCUGUUCCCGUACACUCUGAUUAAAUACGACACAGAGCAAGACGAACCAGUCAGAGACUUCCGAGGCCUGUGUAUAGAAGCACCCAAAGGAGAAACCGGACUGCUGGUAUCGAAGAUCACGGACAUCGCUCCCUUCGUUGGCUACGCUAAAAACGAACAGCAGACCGAGAAGAAGAAACUGAGGGAUGUUUUGAGGAAAGGAGAUCUGUAUUUCAACAGCGGGGACCUGCUCAAGAUCGACAAUGACAAUUUUAUCUACUUCCAGGACCGAGUAGGGGACACCUUUAGGUGGAAAGGAGAGAAUGUAGCCACGACAGAAGUAGCAGACAUUCUCACCAUGAUUGAGUUUGUUGGAGAGGCCAAUGUCUAUGGGAUUAAAGUACCAGGCCACGAAGGGAGAAUAGGAAUGGCUGCCAUCACUGUGAAAAACAACACUCAGUUUGAAGGCGGAACAUUGUUUAAUCAUGUCUCAAGCUACCUUCCAUCUUAUGCACGCCCACGAUUCAUCAGGAUUCAGAAUGCAGUGGAGGUAACAGGCACCUUUAAACAGAUGAAGUUGAGGUUAGUGAAGGAAGGCUUCGACCCAGCGUGCAUGCAGGACCCUCUGUUUGUCCUGGAGGAGAGAGAGAGCAGCUACAUGCCUUUGACCGCCCAGGUCUACCACUGCAUAGUGUCAGGCAAGUUCAAGCUGUGAGACACUACUCCAGGAAACUCCUCUGGAACCACAAGGCCCUUUGGUUCUUGGCAAUUGGUUGAUCAAAGUUACUGAUUGUGACAGGCUAUAAUGUGCAUCUGUAGCAUCGCUGUUUCACUGGCAGUUUGUAUGUAAUGCCGUUGGUUACCAGUGCUGUAUCAGUUUGUGUUCGGAUACAGAGAACCAUCAGACAAAGUCCACGGUGACUGUUGUUAACGUUUUAUACACUCAACAAAAUGUGUUGAUGUUUGGUCAGACUAACACACCUGGUGCCAAAAGGGCAAUUUAAUUGCAGUAUAUUAAUCUGUUAAAUAUACUGUAUUUCUUUAUGUAGAUCUGUUGAUGUUAUGCAAGUAACAUAGAUUAUAUUCAGCUCAGGGAUUAGACCUUUAGACGUAAGGUUAGGAUUCUUAUCAUUCUCUUGUAAUUCUAGUGUCAUGUGAGGAAAGACAGCAUUACAUGGGAGGAAGGACAGAGCAUUAUUAUUACUUACAGUAGACUUGACUGUAGUGAAUAUUUGGGGUAUUUUGGUUGUCUUAAAUGUUAUUUGACUAACCCGUUUAUUUAAAUUAAUGCAUGCAUAACUGUACUGUAUUUUCAGGAAAGGCAUAGCUAAUAAUGUAUUUUUAAAUAGUCCAACACAUUAGAAAUGUUAUUUAAAUUGGAGAACAUUUUAGAUUAUUGACUAGGAACAAAGUAGAAAGGGACCAGUUGAAUUGGGAUUCAAAUGUCUGUAUGAUGGAUGAUGAUGAAUAAUUAAUAGAAUUAUCCUUAUUAAAGGUUUCAC